CUACUCACACAAGUAUGGCUUUAAAUUGAAUUGUUAACUUUCUAAAACUCAGAUGAAGCAUCAAAAUUGGUUAAAAUCUUUGAACCGAAAUGGUUUAGUCACUAGUUACCAGUUUUAGGCGUCGGUUCUCUCACUCCGGCUCAAAUGACAGUCAGCUGCUAAGUUACUUUAAAAUGAUGCUAGCAAGUAGCAAUGCUAAUAAGACACGAACAAACUUUCUCAACAUUUUGGAUGUCGGCGUAGCUUGAAGAGUGACGCGAUCAAAAAACAGGAAGGAGUGAUUGACACGCACAAUGUGGACGGACAAGCAGCGAGGGAUUCGACUGUCUCAGCAGGAGCUCCUGUGCAAGAACUCCUGUGGUUACUAUGGCAACCCUGCAUGGCAGGGUUUCUGCUCUAAGUGCUGGAGGGAGCGAGUGCGGCCUGCCGAAGCCCGCCGACAAGACAACAGAGCGGGUGCUGACAGCACACCACCAACCUUCUCCAAAUUUGAGGAGAAGAAGAAUAUGGAGAAGGGUCGUCGUAUCAACACCAUGAGGAGACUCUUCUGGGGCAGCCCGUCCCCUCCCAAAGCUGAACCUUCCGACAGUCAGAUGAAUGUGUUAAAAGCCUUCCAGAAGCUGGAACCCGGAGACUUCACCGGGUUCUUAAAAACACUCCGCAGCCCGUCCUCCCAGCGUCUGCAGUCCCGUUGCACAGCCUUCCUCAACACAAUGGAAGCUUACCAUGCUCUGCCAGUGCAGAAGCAGUCGGACCUUGUGCAAGACUUCUACCAGUCCUUUGCCGACUAUUUCAGCAGGUUUUCAGAAGCCGAGCUCACUCAGACGAUGGAGCAUGUGGAGAAGCUCAUCAUGACGCGCUUGCACAAGUGGGUAUUCUGCCAUGACAGCUGUGACGACGAGCAGAAGGACCUGAUUUUGCAAAGGAGGAUACGUUCUUUGAACUGGGUCACCCCGCAGAUGCUCAGCGUACCUUUCCCGGACGUGCAGAGCGCCGUCAUGGGCGACCCCUUUCUUCCCGCUAUAACAGCCAUUAUCGAGAUGGACGCCAAACGCGCCCCUCAGGACAAGCUGGUGUGCGUGUCCAAGUGCAGCCAGCACGUGUUCGAGGCGCUCUCAGCCUCCAACAGUGAGCCAGCCAACGCCGACGACUUCCUGUCUGCCCUGGUCUACGUUGUGCUCAAGGCCAACCCGCCUCGCCUGCACUCCAACAUGCAAUAUGUCAUCCGCUUUGGCCUCCCGCAUAGCCUAAUGGCAGGAGAGAGCGGCUACUACUUCACCAACCUGUCUUGCGCGGUGGCCUUCAUUGAAAAACUGGACGGCCCCUCGCUCAACCUCAGCCCGGAGGAGUUUGAGGGCUACAUGCGGCGUAGACGGACCCCAGCAGCAGUGGAUGGGUUGCGGGAGGUGGCCUGCGAAACGCGCCAUCUGCUGGAUGAGCUGACGUCCCGACAGGAGCGGCUGGACCGCGGGGUGGAUGCCCUCAACGUGCAGUUGCAGACAUGGGUGCAGGCAGUUCACGCCCAGAUAGACCAGGCCACGUCCGAGCUGGUCCUGGUGCAAGAGGAAGUGACUGAUCUCUGUUCAUCAUCAUCGUCACCUUCCUCCUCUGAUUCAGCUGUCAUAGAGCAAGUAGUGCUUACGGAUCAAUAUGCAGGGCCUCCCGAUACAGACUGUUAAUCACAACCCUAGAAGGUACUUGCUUUGUUAUUCAACCCUCUGUCCUAACUUUAUCACUUGAUCACAAAAGCACAGGUUGUAUUUCCACUUUGUACAAGUGAAUUGUUUGUACUUGUUAGCUAUUUGUGUGAGCAAAAUGAAGAAAGUUUUAAAUGCAUUCCGUGAUUACCAGCAACUGUGAUAGCGUACCACUCAGGUUUGUUUGUAUGUUUGUUUCCCAAAAAAGAAGUUAUAAUAUAUUAAAAUGGAGAUUUAUACAAAUCUAAGAUGGUCCAUAAUAGUGCUAUAUGGGGAUGUGAAAUAACUAAGCAACCUCUUCCUGUACUUACUUAUAAAUUGCACUGUUUACAUGCAUAUUUUUGCUUUUGAAGGGUUUCCAUAAUAAAAAUCUGAAUUGACUUGA